GAUUAAAAACCCGAAGAACAAAAUACGUUGUAGGUGGGCAAAUAAACGGACACAAAAAUAUAAGGAGAGGGUUAAAGCGAAAAGAUUCUUCUUAAUCAACACGAGGCGGAGAAGUGCUCAUCGAGGCUCACCUCUUCUCACCCUCUUACAUGGCAACCGCAGCUCGAGCUUUCACUAUUUCUCGCCUCACUGUCCUGUCACCUGACCCUCUCCACUCUCGCUACUCAUUUUCGCGCCGCCACCACCUCCUCCUCAGCUGCCACCCCGCCAGCCGCUGUUUGGCCGCCUCUUUUUCUACCACGGUCAGCUGCCUCAACGACGACUUCGUUUCUACUCGGAAGUCGAAUUUUGACCGCGGUUUUCUCGUGAUUGCGAAUAUGCUCAAGAGAAUUGAGCCUCUUGAUAAUUCCGUUAUCUCCAAGGGAGUUUCUGAUGCUGCCAAGGAUUCCAUGAAGCAGACAAUCUCUACUAUGCUUGGCCUCCUGCCUUCUAAUCAGUUCUCAAUCAACGUUAGGUUUUCUAAGCAACCUCUCGAUUCGCUUCUUGUGUCUUCCAUCAUCACAGGGUACACGCUAUGGAAUGCAGAGUACAGGAUUUCGCUGAUGAGAAAUUUUGAUAUAUCAGUGGAUGGUUUAAAGAGGUUGAGUGUUUCAAGGCAAAUUGAGGUUUUGGACAAGAAAUGUGAAAAGAGAGUGAAUGAGAGUGGUCAGAUUGGUGUUGAAAUUUUGGAGGAAGUAAGCCCCCAAAUUUUUGGGGGUUUGUCUCAGGAGGCUUUGAAUUAUAUUCAGCGGUUGCAAUCCGAGUUAUCUGAUGUAAAGGAGCAAUUGGACACCAUGAAGCAUAAAAAUAAUAAGAUGGAAUAUAACAAGGGAAACAGGAACAAUUUAUUAGAGUAUUUGCGAUCUUUGGAUCCUGAUGUGGUGAAUGAAUUAUCCCAACCAUCAUCAGUAGAGGUAGAAGAAAUCAUUCACCAACUUGUUCAAAACAUAUUGCAAAGAUUUACCAAAGAUGAUACAACAUCUAAUUUCAUGGUAGAGUCGGUAGUUGCAAGCACAGAAAAUAAACAAGAUGGGGUUGAUGAAAAUUGUCACACAGUAGGCACAUCUCGAGACUACCUUGCAAAGUUGCUUUUCUGGUGUAUGUUAUUAGGUCACCAUUUGAGAGGUUUGGAGAGUAGGCUACAUCUGACUUGUGUUGUUGGAUUGUUGUAAAGUGAAGAGGGUCAUGUAUAUUCUUUUUGGCUUCUUUUUUUUUUCUCCCAUUAGUUUAUAUAUUUAUAACUUACAUUUUCCAAGAUAAAUAAAGCAAAAUAGUUCAUAGUUACCACAUAUAUUGGUGCUUUGAGCAUUUUCCCCAGGAACAAUCAGUCUAGAGUUAAAACAAAAUGCCAAAUAAGAAGUCCAUCGAGGUGUUUUAGUUAAUUGUUCAGCUCUUUUGUAAAUGUUCGUUUGCUGCAGUGUAAUAGACGGUGAGAUUUCAUUUUUUGCCUUUUAGUGGACAUGCAUUUGUUUUCCUGAUUUCCUUUAUUCGGAAGUGGAAGAAUACAAUUUAAAAUAGGUGGGAUAUCGCAAUGGCUUUGUCAUGU